AGUGCGCCUGCGCAGCUGUGGUCCUUGCCUCUGGUCAGUCCGCGAGAGGGGAACCUGGGCUGCCUCUUCCCCGCGCCUACCAUGGCUCAGAUUUUCCCUAUCCGCUUCCAGGAGCACUUCCAGCUCCCAAACCUAGGAAUAAAUCCAGCCAAUAUUGGAUUUAGCACACUGACUAUGGAGUCUGACAAGUUCAUAUGUGUCCGAGAGAAAGUCGGGGAGCAGGCACAAGUGGUGAUUAUUGACAUGAAUGACCCAAUGGCACCCAUCAGACAUCCUAUCUCAGCAGAGAGUGCCAUCAUGAAUCCAGCUUCUAAAGUGAUAGCUCUGAAAGCUGGGAAGACUCUUCAAAUCUUUAAUAUUGGGCUGAAGAGUAAAAUGAAGUCUCAUACUAUGGCAGAAGAGGUGUUAUUUUGGAAAUGGAUCUCUGUGAACACUAUUGCCUUGGUGACUGAGACCGUGGUCUACCACUGGAACAUGGAAGGUGACUCCCAGCCCAUGAAGAUGUUUGAUAGGCAUGCUAGUCUGGCUAGGUGCCAGAUGAUCCACUACCGAACUGAUGAAUACCAGAAGUGGCUGCUCCUUAUUGGCAUCUCAGCUCAGCAAAACCGUGUGGUUGGAGCAAUGCAGCUCUAUUCUGUGGAGAGGAAGGUUUCACAACCCAUAGAAGGCCAUGCUGCUGCCUUUGCAGAGUUCAAGAUAGAGGGGAAUACCAAGCCUGUCACUCUCUUCUGCUUUGCUGUACGAAGUUCCACAGGAGGCAAGAGUUUCAUUACUCCCAUUGAUGAUCUCAGCCAUGGAGUCUCUGGGAUCCCAUUUAUCAUUCGUGAGCUCUUUUUUUCUUAUGUGGCUUUGUCUUUUUCCAACCCAUCAUACUCUGCCUUCUUACAGAUUGGAGCCAAACAUGGUGUUAUAUAUUUGAUCACAAACUACGGCUACCUACAUAUGUAUGAUUUAGAGUCUGCUGUGUGCAUCUACAUGAACCGUAUUAGCGCUGACACAAUCUUUGUAACUGUUCCACAUGAACUAACCUCUGGGAUUAUUGUGGUCAACAAAAAAGGACAGGUGCUGUCAGUUUGUGUUGAGGAAGAAAACAUUGUGAAUUAUGCAAUCAAUGUGCUUCAGAAUCCAGACCUGGGUCUGCGUUUGGCUGUUCGUAGUAACCUGCCAGGGGCAGAGGAGUUAUUUGUGAGAAAAUUCAGUACCUCCUUUGCACAGGGGAACUAUGCUGAAGCCGCCAAAGUAGCAGCAUCUGCACCAAAGGGAAUUCUACGUACCAGUGAUACAGUCCAGAAGUUCCAAAGUAUACCUGCCCAGCCUGGCCAAGCCUCUCCUUUGCUCCAGUACUUUGGAAUCCUGCUUGACCAGGGUCAGCUCAAUAAACUUGAAUCUUUAGAGCUUUGCCGGCCAGUUCUUCAGCAGGGGCGCAAGCAACUCUUAGAGAAGUGGCUGAAAGAAGAUAAGCUAGAGUGUUCAGAGGAACUGGGAGAUUUGGUCAAAACUGCUGACCCUAUACUGGCUCUGAGUGUGUACCUUCGGGCAAAUGUACCAAGCAAAGUUAUCCAGUGUUUUGCAGAAACAGGCCAAUUCCAAAAAAUUGUGCUGUAUUCCAAAAAGGUUGGUUAUAUCCCAGACUGGAUCUCUUUGCUGAGGAGUGUGAUGAGGAUCAGUCCAGAACAGGGUCUGCAGUUUUCCCAAAUGCUAGUGCAGGAUGAGGAGCCAUUGGCCAACAUUAACCAGAUUGUGGACGUUUUCAUGGAAAACAGUUUAAUUCAGCAGUGUACUUCCUUCUUGCUGGACAUCUUGAAGAAUGAUCACCCAGCUGAGGGGCACCUCCAGACCCAGCUGUUGGAAAUGAAUGUGAUCCAUGCACCCCAGGUUGCAGAUGCCAUCCUUGGAAAUCAGAUGUUUACACAUUAUGAUCGAAUCCAUAUUGCCCAGCUUUGUGAGAAGGCAGGCCUUCUGCAACGCGCGCUGGAGCACUACAGUGACAUCAAUGACAUCAAGAGGGCUGUAGUCCACACCCAUCUUCUCAAUCCUGAGUGGCUUGUCAAUUUCUUUGGUUCCUUGUCGGUGGAGGAUUCCAUGGAGUGUCUACAUGCCAUGUUGUCUGCUAACAUCAGACAAAACCUUCAGCUGUGUGUACAGGUGGCUUCUAAGUACCAUGAACAGCUGGGCACACAGUCCUUGGUAGAGCUUUUUGAAUCCUUCAAGAGUUAUGAAGGCCUCUUCUACUUCCUGGGCUCAAUUGUGAACUUUAGCCAAGACCCAGAUGUGCAUUUGAAGUACAUUCAGGCUGCCUGCAAGACAGGGCAGAUCAAGGAGGUGGAGAGAAUAUGCCGCGAGAGCAGCUACUAUAACCCAGAUCGGGUGAAGAAUUUCCUAAAGGAGGCUAAGCUCACAGACCAGCUCCCCCUCAUCAUUGUGUGUGACCGCUUUGACUUUGUGCAUGACCUUGUCCUGUAUUUAUACCACAACAACCUGCAGAAGUACAUUGAGAUCUACGUUCAGAAGGUCAACCCUAGCCGUCUCCCAGCUGUGGUUGGAGGGCUACUUGAUGUGGAUUGUUCUGAAGAAGUAAUUAAAAACUUAAUCAUGGUGGUGAGAGGACAGUUCUCUACUGAUGAGCUGGUGGCUGAAGUAGAAAAAAGAAACAGGCUCAAAUUGCUUCUUCCCUGGCUGGAGUCUCGGAUUCAUGAAAGCUGUGAAGAGCCUGCCACUCAUAAUGCACUGGCUAAAAUCUACAUUGACAGCAACAAUAGCCCUGAGCGCUUUUUGAGAGAGAAUGCCUACUAUGAUAGUAGUGUGGUGGGCCAGUACUGUGAGAAACGGGACCCACAUCUGGCCUGCAUUGCCUAUGAGCGGGGACAGUGUGACCUAGAGCUCAUCCAGGUUUGCAAUGAAAAUUCUCUGUUCAAAAGUGAGGCCCACUACCUGGUACACAGGAAGGAUCCAGAGCUGUGGGCCCAUGUCCUUGCAGAGACCAACCCAUCUAGGAGACACCUAAUUGACCAGGUGGUACAAUCAGCAUUAUCAGAAACACAGGAUCCUGAAGAGGUUUCAGUCGCUGUCAAAGCCUUUAUGACAGCUGACCUCCCUAAUGAAUUGAUUGAACUGCUGGAGAAGAUUGUUCUGGAUAAUUCUGUCUUCAGUGAGCACAGGAAUCUCCAGAAUCUGCUGAUCCUGACUGCCAUCAAGGCAGAUCGAACACGGGUCAUGGAGUAUAUCAGCCGCCUGGACAACUAUGAUGCUGCAGACAUCGCAAGCAUUGCCAUCAGUAGUGUGCUGUAUGAGGAGGCCUUCACCAUCUUCUACAAGUUUGGUGUGAAUGCCUCAGCAAUCCAGGUUCUGAUUGAGAAUAUUGGAAACCUAGACCGAGCAUACGAGUUUGCAGAAAAAUGCAAUGAGCCUGCUGUGUGGAGUCAGCUGGCCCAAGCACAGCUUCAGAAGGACUUGGUGAAGGAAGCCAUCGACUCCUACAUCAGAGCAGAUGACCCUACCUCUUACCUGGAAGUUGUUCAGGCCGCCACCAAGAGCAACAACUGGGAGGAUCUAGUGAAAUUCCUGCAGAUGGCUAGGAAAAACAGCUGUGCAUCCUAUAUAGAGACUGAACUUAUUUUUGCAUUGGCUAAAACCAGCCGUCUGUCCGAGCUGGAAGAUUGCAUUAAUGCACCCAACAAUGCCAACAUCCAGCAGGUUGGAGACCGCUGUUAUGAGGAAGGGAUGUAUGAGGCUGCCAAACUGCUAUAUAACAAUAUUUCUAACUUUGCCCGUCUGGCUUCCACUUUGGUCCACCUAGGUGAGUAUCAGGCAGCAGUGGACAGCAGCCACAAGGCCAACAGCACUGAGACAUGGAAAGAGGUAUGCUUUGCCUGUGUGGAUGGGCAGGAGUUCCGCCUUGCACAGCUGUGUAGCCUUCACAUCAUCAUUCAUGCAGAUGAGCUAGAGGAGUUAAUAUACUAUUACCAGGAUCGAGGAUACUUUGAGGAGCUCAUGUCCCUACUAGAAGCAGCCCUGGGCCUGGAGAGGGCCCACAUGGGCAUGUUCACUGAGCUGGCCAUUUUGUACUCCAAAUUCAAGCCUCAGAAGAUGCCAGAGCACCUGGAGCUCUUCUGGUCCCGUGUCAACAUCCCAAAGGUGCUGAAGGCCGCAGAGCAGGCACACCUCUGGGCAGAGCUGGUGUUCCUCUAUGACAAGUAUGAGGAAUAUGACAAUGCUGUUCUCACCAUGAUGAGUCACCCCAUUGAAUCUUGGAAAGAAGGUCAGUUCAAGGACUUCAUUGCCAAGGUUGCCAACAUUGAGCUCUAUUAUAAAGCCCUACAGUUCUAUUUGGACUAUAAGCCUCUGCUCAUUAAUGACCUGCUGUUGGUGCUCUCACCCCGGCUGGACCAUACCCGGACAGUCAGUUUCUUUUCAAAGGCAGGCCAGUUGCCCCUAGUGAAGCCUUACCUGUGUUCAGUUCAGAACCAAAACAACAAAAAUGUGAAUGAAGCACUCAACCAUCUGCUGACUGAAGAGGAAGAUUAUCAGGGCUUGAGAGCAUCUAUCGAUGCCUAUGACAACUUUGACAACAUCAGCCUGGCUCAACGGCUAGAGAAGCACCAGAUGAUCGAAUUUAGGCGCAUUGCAGCCUAUCUUUACAAGGGCAACAAUCGGUGGGCCCAGAGUGUGGAACUCUGCAAGAAGAACCAUCUCUAUAAGGAUGCCAUGCAGCAUGCCUCAGAGUCACGUGAUCCUGAGCUAGCUGAGAAGUUGCUACAGUGGUUCCUGGAGGAAGGAAAGUGGGAGUGUUUUGCAGCCUCUCUCUUCACCUGCUAUGAUCUGCUUCACCCAGAUGUGGUGCUCGAGCUGGCCUGGAGACACAACCUCAUGGAUUUUGCUAUGCCUUACUUCAUUCAGGUGAUGAAAGAGUACCUUAACAAAGUGGACAAACUGGAUGCCUUGGAGAGUCUGCACACGCAUAAGGAGCAUGUGGGGGAGCCUGCCCCACUUGUGUUCGAUUUUGAUGGGCAUGAAUGAGAGCCAGCCGAUUGAGCUAAGCCAGCAGCUGACGCUGACAGUGAGCUCUGCUGGCUUCCCCUAUGGAUAUGCAGCUGCUCCUGCCUUCACCCAGCCUCCUGUGUUUGGCUUCAGUGUGUAGUGGGUAUUCAGUAUCCACACCCUGCUCCACCCAAUUAUUAAUUUCUCUAAGAAACAUUGUACUCUGGACACACAGAGAACCCUGAUUGGGAAGCAGGACACAUUGGCUGUUAUUUAUUUUUACUGAAGCCCAAUGAUGGCAGCUAUUGAGCCAUCUUGGAACCUGGGAAGGUCUCAGUAGACCCUGACUGCCCAAGAAGACAAGCACCAACCACAGUGGGACUACUGCCUCCAGACCCUCUGGCUGGAGCCAGGCAUUGCUAGGGAAGUUCUUUUCUACAAGGAUUCCCUGAAGCUUGGUAGGAGGGGCAUUCUCUUCACCCCACAUUGGCUGAGCUGUCCUCUCCAGGCUACUUUGCAGACAUAUAGGAUUUGUAUGGAGAUGCCAAACCUCAAUGACUCUGAGUCUCCUGCUGAUUAUGAAUAUUAAAAGUUGGUUUAG